AUGUCGUACUUCCGCAUCACCUUGAUCAGAUCUGCAAUUGGUCUACCAGCAAAAUCAGGAAAUGUCCUCAAAGCACUCGGUCUGCGCAAACGGAUGGCAACCGUAUUCCACCCUGUCACGCCUUCAAUCGCUGGCCAGAUAAUGAAAGUGAAAGAGCUGGUUGCGGUAUCGGAAGUCGAUGAACCUCUGACAAAACAAGAGAUACACCAGGAACGAGUUCCCGAUCCAGGCUUCUACGUCGAACCCAAGGGACUGCAACCCGGAAGCAGUGACCCAGACCCGCCCAAGACCGAACCUUCGCAUGGCACCUCAUCAGGCGCUGCUCAGAUCUCGGAUUCCGAGUACCAUGAGAUUGCGGACCAAUAUCUCAACACGCUUGUGCUGGCUAUGGAAGAGCUUGCCGAGAGCAGCUCAGAGGGCAUCGAGGCGGAAUUCUCGGCUGGUGUACUCACAAUCACCCACCCCAAGCACGGCACGUACGUGAUCAACAAGCAGCCGCCGAACAAGCAGAUUUGGCUGUCCUCCCCAAUCUCCGGCCCCAAACGCUACGACUGGGUGGUCCCCGGCGACUCGCAGCAGGAGAAGGCCGACUCGACCGUCGACCUGGGCGACGAUGGCCAGAGCGGCGGCAAGUGGAUCUAUCUACGAGACCGGAGCAAUCUGAGCGACCUGCUCAAGAGGGAGCUGGGCGUGGAGCUCCGACAUGGAGGCGAAGGGGAGAGCGAUGUGAACGAGGGUCGCGAAGGGCCAGCAAAGAGUGGAGCCAGCACUGCGCCAUAG